AUGCCCUCGCCGACUGACGACGAAACGCCGUUCCCUGUGCUGAGCCACUCCGCAAGCCUCAGCGCUCUGGACCGCUCGCACCUGUCACCCCACGAUGCCUUCACGUAUCCGCUGCGGCAGACCUACGACGCAGACGGCGCGGCCGAUCCGCUAUCCCAUUUGAGGCACCUGAAGGAUGACCGUAGCAGGAGCCGGAGACGCAAGAGGGCUUGGAAGAAGCUCAUGUGGGUGAAGCAGUCGUAUCCAGACAACUACACCGAUCAGGCAACAUUUCUCGAGAACCUGCAGCGCAAUCCAAGACUGAAACCCUACGACUUCUGGCCGCUGGUGGCCGACUCGACCGUCAUCCUGCAGCACGUCUGCUCCGUCAGCCUCUUCGUCGUGUGCUUCGUCGGCAUCUACCAGGAGCGCGUGUCGCCCGUGUCGCUCGUCAGCGGCAGCAGCUUCGCGACGUUUCUCGGCUGGAUCCUGUGGGAGCGAUGGGUCUCGGAGGAGAUGGAUCAAGAAGAAGACGUGAGCGCGAGCGGCAUCGGCAUCGGCAUCACGGCCUCUGCGACCAAGAGCGAGAGCAUCCGGCGCCGGGCUCGCGCAGCUAGCAUCCGCCGGCCUGUUGUUGCGCCGCGCAUUGCGUCUGUCACGCCGAGCAGCAGCACCAGUCGACCGUCGUCAGAGGCGGCUUCUUCUUCUUCGUCGCGGCCGUCUGCGGGGAACUCGACGGUCAAUAUUCAGAUACAGAUCCCCGAGGGCGAGAGACUGCGGACGAGCCGCCCUCCUCGUCAUUCUUCUACGACCACCUCUCCUUCUUCGACCAACUCUCCGGCAUCUCCUACUUCUCCCACGUCGCCCAUAUCGCCCAUAUCGCCCAUAUCACUCAAGGAGCCUUCUCCCACCGGCGCCGAUGGCCAGCCGUUACUGCGUAGAGCCAGCUCAGAGGUGAUUCCGGACUUUGCGCCGAUCCCCAACGAGGCAAACCGCCUACACCAGCGUCUCGGAACAAUCAAAUCCGCUAUCCUAAUCUACUCUACCCUCCUCGGCCUCAGUCCCAUCCUCAAGUCCCUGACGCAGUCCACCUCGAGCGACAGCAUCUGGGCCAUGUCCCUCUGGCUGCUCGCCAUCAACAUCUUCUUCUUCGACUACUCGGGCGGCGUGGGCGCCAAGUUCCCCGCGUCGCUGUCCACCAACGCGGCCCUCAUGGCGUCGACCGUGCUGGCCAGCCGCCUGCCCUCGACCAAGCAGGUGUUUUGCCUGACGCUCUUCAGCAUCGAGGUGUUUGGCCUGUUCCCCGUGUUCCGGCGCCACGUGCAGCACCGCAGCUUCCGGCAGCACGCCAUCCUCACGGCGCUGCUGAUCCUCGGGGCGGGCUGGGGCGUGGGCGUGGUGAUGCGCGACCCCGGGCCGCCGGGCUCCUGGCCGUGGAGGCGUGGGCUCGGCGGCAUGGUGGUGAGCGUGCUGAUUGCGGCGAUUGCGACGGGCGGGUGCAGCUGGUGGCUGAUUGGGCUGCAGCGGUAUAAGAAUGAGAUUCGGGGGCCUUGGGAUCCAGCGAGGCCUAUUAUCAUGAGCAGGCAACGGUGGGAAAGCCAGUGA